AGAGACAAAAACUCGUUAAUUUGAUUAAUUUGAAGAGUCAUUUCGUUUUCACUUAUAUGUUUCGAUUAAAUUUUGAUGAACUUCUUUUCACUUUCAGUAAUUCAUGGAAGAAUGAAUCGUUAAAAAACUUAUGACUGCACCAACUACAAGAAAAGACCUCAUGAUAGUCAAUAUGGGGCCUCAGCACCCAUCAAUGCACGGUGUUCUUCGACUCAUCGUUACUCUAGAUGGUGAAGAUGUUGUCGACUGCGAACCAAUAUUGGGUUAUUUACAUAGAGGGAUGGAGAAAAUUGCGGAAAACCGAACAAUUAUACAAUAUUUACCUUAUGUAACACGUUGGGAUUAUUUAGCUACUAUGUUCACAGAAGCAAUAACCAUAAAUGGACCCGAACAAUUAGGCAAUAUUCAAGUACCUAAAAGGGCUAGCUAUAUCAGAGUCAUUAUGUUGGAGUUGAGUCGGAUCGCUUCUCAUUUGUUAUGGCUCGGUCCUUUUAUGGCGGAUAUUGGUGCGCAGACCCCUUUCUUCUAUAUUUUUCGAGAAAGAGAAUUGAUAUAUGACCUAUUCGAAGCUGCUACCGGUAUGCGAAUGAUGCAUAAUUAUUUUCGUAUUGGAGGAGUGGCUGCCGAUCUACCCUAUGGCUGGGUAGAUAAAUGUUUGGAUUUUUGCGAUUAUUUUUUAACAGGGGUUGCUGAGUAUCAAAAACUUAUUACCCGGAAUCCUAUUUUUUUAGAACGAGUUGAAGGCAUAGGCAUUAUUGGGCAAGACGAGGCAUUAAAUUGGGGUUUAUCGGGACCAAUGCUACGAGCUUCCGGAAUAGAAUGGGAUCUUCGUAAAGUUGAUCAUUAUGAGUCUUACGACGAAUUUGAUUGGCAGGUUCAAUGGCAACGAGAAGGGGAUUCAUUAGCUCGUUAUUUAGUACGAAUCGGUGAAAUGACAGAAUCCAUAAAGAUUAUUCAACAGGCUCUGGAAGGAAUUCCAGGAGGGCCUUACGAAAAUUUAGAAAUCCGACGUUUUGACAGAUUAAAAGAUCCUGAAUGGAAUGAUUUUGAAUAUCGGUUUAUUAGUAAAAAACCUUCUCCAACUUUUGAAUUGUCGAAACAAGAACUUUAUGUGAGAGUUGAAGCCCCAAAAGGAGAAUUGGGAAUUUUUAUCAUAGGAGAUCAGAGCGUUUUUCCUUGGAGAUGGAAAAUUCGCCCACCAGGUUUUAUCAAUUUGCAAAUUCUUCCUCAGUUAGUUAAAAGAAUGAAAUUGGCUGAUAUUAUGACAAUACUAGGUAGCAUAGAUAUCAUUAUGGGAGAAGUUGAUCGUUGAAAUGAUAAUUGAUACAACAGAAAUAGAGACUAUCAAUUCUUUUUCCAAAUUGGAAUCCUUAAAAGAAGCCUAUGGGAUCAUAUGGAUGCUUGUCCCUAUUUUGACUCUUGUGUUAGGAAUCACAAUAGGUGUACUAGUAAUUGUUUGGUUAGAAAGAGAAAUAUCUGCGGGAAUACAACAACGUAUCGGACCUGAAUAUGCCGGCCCUUUAGGAAUUCUUCAAGCUUUAGCAGAUGGGACAAAACUACUUUUGAAAGAGAACCUUAUUCCAUCUACAGGAGAUACUCGUUUAUUCAGUAUCGGACCAUCCAUAGCAGUAAUAUCUAUCUUUCUAAGUUAUUCAGUAAUUCCUUUUAGUGAUCACCUUGUUCUAGCCGAUCUUAGUAUUGGUGUUUUUUUAUGGAUUGCCAUUUCAAGUAUUGCUCCCGUUGGACUUCUUAUGUCGGGAUAUGGAUCAAAUAAUAAAUAUUCCUUU